GUUGUAAUAAAGGAGGUGUCGACUGUAUCACUGUAGAGAGUUGGGGGAAUGGGGAAGAGGAGUUCUACUUUUCAACACGGUUUGAGAGUGUACCACCACAGCAUCUCCGUUGGGGUACCGAAAUUUUCCAAGAAGUAGCCUCGAAAGUACAACCAUCCGCUUGUCACCAUAUCAUGUUCGAAUCAUUAUACUCACUCGCAAUCAAUUCGAGAAUCAAAUACAUAGAUUUGGCAAAGCGUCGGAUCACCGAAAACGAACAACUUUGGAGAUGAUGACGCCUUAAUGAGAUUCGCUCCUCACAGAGAGGAUGAAUUGCAGAAAAUGUUGAGCGGUAUUCCACAUCAUCUGCGGCCUCGAUUCGACCAAUGGUUUCGAAUAGUAGUGAAAGAGGAAAUUGAAUUGUCACAUAAAAACCAGGAUACAACUAGCAUGCACAGGGAAGACAAAUCUGAAUCAAGAAGCUUAGAAUUAAGGUUCUCAAACAGCAUCAUUCCCACUUUAUUCACUGGCGAUCACAUACAAGCAAUUGGAGGUGUACCUUUAGAAGUGACUUUAGUUGAAAGUCGUACCAAGGAAGCAGUGAAGUCAGGGCCUGAAGCCUCAGGAAAAGUUGAAAUACUAGUUCUUGAAGCAGAGGUUGAUGGUGUCACAGGAGAAGAUGUGAAAAAUAACAGCAUACUUGUUACGCAUAUGGAAGGCAGUAGAUCUAGUCGUGUGGAAAAUUUAUUCCUGAAUCUAAUACAAGGCACUGCUAUUUUGCCCAUGGUUUCUUUUGCACGUAAUGACAAGUGGAUGAAGAAUUCCAAACUUAGACUGGGAGCAAAGUUUGUGAAUAAUUGCAAUGGUGUUCGAGUCAAAGAAGCAAAGUCAGGGUCCUUUCUUCUCAAAGAUUGUCGCACUAAAGCAUACGCGAAGCAUUAUAUUCCAUCUCUACAUGAUGAGAUAUGGCGAUUACGUAAGGUUGACAGAAAUGGUUGUUUGGCUAAAAAUAUGGAACAGGCAGACAUUAUAACUGUGGAAGAUUUUCUUGUUCAUUUAUUUCGACAAACUCAACAUCUCAAGGAGAUAUUUGAUCAUUCAAAUCACGCAAAAAGUUGGAGGAUUACAGUGGAGCAUGCUCGAGAAUGUCCUGCUAAACUGCAGUACUGUUCUAGGGUUUUUUUCAAUGUCUCUGGUGAAGUGUUGGGAUUAUUCCAGGACAACCGUUUUCUUUCUAGUGAUAAACUCACACAGACCCAAAAGGAAGUAGCCAAGAAUUUGGUAAUUUCUGCAUUUGAGAACUGGGGGGAUGUAAUCCAUGUUGAGGAUAACCAAUUUGCUGCACAUUUCCCUCCUUGCUCUUCUAGUUCUAAUCAUGCUCGCCUUCAACUUCCAAAAACUGAACCUGUUACCUUUGGCAAGAACAUAAUAUUCCUGGAUGAUCUUGACUUGGACAUUGAUGAAACUUGUUUAUUUGGUAACAUGGUAUCUGAUGGGAAAUGUCCAGACCUAGAAUUACUACCUGAAUCUUUAAGGGGAAAGUAUAAUGAGAUCUAUAAUGGAUUUGAGAGCCUUUGCAUUUCCAAUCAGAGAAAUAGGUUGUGUAAUAGAUUGAAGAUCCUGUUUUGUGUUGUAACCUUCAAAAUAAGAUCCUUCCCUGAAAAUGGUUUAGAUGAUAUUCAUGCUCACAAGAAACCAAGAUUGUCAUAGGGAGUUGUGUGUAUAGACUAUAGACUACAGUUGCUGCCCGUUUAAGAAUGUGUGCAGUUAUACUACAGAAUAGCUGAUAUAUAGAUGACUAAUGUAUACGUCUUUCAAAGUUUUAUAGAGGUAGGGGAAAAUGGUAGAAUGACA